AUGCUCCAGGAGCAGCUGGUACUGCAGCAGGGGCCACUUCACAACUUUUUAGAGUUCUGUGCUGACCCGAUACCGGUUAAGGCACCGACGUCGGCAGCGAGUCAGCUGCCACCCCACGACUCGCAGACCUUGCGACGGGACACGAGCCUUCAAACUGUUGAACCGCUGCCGCACGAGCAGCCGCAGCCAUAG